AUGGAUGAAUCUCCGAAGUGCAAAGACAAGCCAAAUCAAGCCAAGCCCGGUCUGAUUAUGAUUAGGACUAGGACUGUCCUCCGAUCACGUUCCCGACAUGAGAUCGAGGGAGAAGUCGAUCCUUUCCGGAUAACGAACCAUAAGCUCCAGUCCGCGGUAUCAGAUCUCAGACGCACGCACGCCCCUGACCCCUACCUGCAUUCUCAAGCAAGCAAGCAAUCCUUCCUUCAUCCAUCCAUCCAUCCAUCUUUCGUUCGUUCUAUUCACAUUCCCUCGUUAGGAAUCUUAAUCUACUCAGUCAAAAUGCAGUUCACUCUCAUCACCGCUUUCGCCACUGCCUUCCUGGCCUCCUUCGUGGCCGCUAACCCUGCUCCCGCCCCGGCUCCCUUCGAGAUCGGUAUCGGUGCCAACGCUGCCGCUAACGCCGCUGCUGAGGUCGCUGCCAACGCUGGUCUCGGUGCCGGUGCUGGUAUCCACUUCAAGGCUUAA